AUGGCCAAGAAAUCCAAGUCACGCACUAUCGCUGUGCGCCUCAUCUCGAUGGCCAUGACGGGCUACUACCGCACAAUGAUCCGGCCUCGUGUCCACCGUCCGCUUAGCAUGCUGAAGUACGACCCCGUCGUGAAGAAGACGGUGCUUUUCCUUGAAGCGACCAAGGGUGGAAAGGCGAAAUAA